AUGACCCUACCAAAAAGAAUCAAAAGAGUCGCGGUGAUCGGGGCUGGCCCUGCCGGGGCUGGCUUUGCUAAAGCCUUGGUCCAGGAAAAGUUUUUCGAUAACAUCACCCUCUUUGAAAGACGUUGGCAAACCGGGGGGUUAUGGAACUAUUCCAAAGACCAAUCCAACGACCGUAGCUUACUCUCUGUCCCUUCGGAAAACCCGUUCUUAUCCCCAACCAAUUGCAAAGACUCCCCGGUCUCCCCUUAUGAAAUCCCAUUGAAGAAAAAUGAUUCCUCCUCCUCCUCCCAAUACGUUUGGCCCUCGGCAGUGUACGAGGAAUUGGAUACCAACAUCCCAAAAGAAUUGAUGGCCUACAAUAAAUACCCCUUCGACAAGAAAUUGCCCCUCUACCCUAGCCAUCGUGACGUCCUCAACUACCUCUGCAAUUACUCCAAAGAUAUCGAACCUUUGGUCAGAUUCAACACCAAGGUCGUCAAUAUCGAGUUCAUCAAUGGAUACCACGAAGACGACACCACCACCACCACUUCCCAACAAUCGUUUGUCGAUGCUGUGAAAUGUGGGAAAAUUAAACACUUGCAAGAUAUCGAUUGGUCCAAUUACUCGUGGAAAAUCACCAGCCGUCCUAUUGUCGAUGCCACCAAAGGUGGUACCGAGCCUGAUUUGACCCCCGAUUCCCCUUAUGCUGACAAAAUCGAAUAUUUCGAUGGGGUCGCCAUGGCCUCGGGGAAUUACGACGUUCCUUACACUCCUGAUUUCCCAGGAUUGGCCGAAUGGAACGCCAAAUUCCCAAACUCCGUCACCCACGCGAAAUUCUACAACAAUUUCCAAGAUUACACUACCGAUGAUAAGAUUCUCGUGGUUGGCAAUAGCGCCUCGGGAGCAGAUAUCGCGUACCAAUUGGCGAUCCGUUGGAACAUGGCGAUUUACAAGUCCAAACGUAGCGAGAAUUUACAACCGGCAGGCUCAGAUUCCAAUAUCAAAGAUUUGCCAAAUAUCAAACGGUUCAUUCCCGAAACCCAGGAAAUCGAGUUUGUCGAUGGUCAAAAAAUCAAGGGGUUCACCCAGAUCAUCUUUGCCACCGGGUAUUUGAAAUCAUUGCCCUACAUGAACGAGUUAUCGUUGCCAUUGUUGGGCAAUUUCCACUCGACUUUGCAAUCGAUCGAAAACAAUGAGCUCCAGCCGUUGAUCUCCACCGGGUCCAAAGUCAAUGGGCUUUACCAACACUUGUUAUCGUAUCAAUACCCGGGGUUAGCGAUCAUCGGUACCCCAAAGUACGUGAUUCCUACCAGGUUAUCGGAAACUCAAGGGGCGUGGAUCUCCAGAGUGUGGUCCGGAAGAAUCCCUUUGCCUUCGAUCCAAACUAUGCAACAAUGGGAAAAAGACCGUACCCUUGAAGUCAAUCAAGACGAUUACAAAUUUCAUAGUAUCCCGUACCCUGCGGAUGUCGAGCAUUACGUUGAAUUGAACGAUCAAAUUGUCGAAAGUGGCACCGAUUAUGGGUUGAUUCCGGUGCUUUGGGAUGAAAAACAACGGCAAAUUAGAGAGUACGCAAAGAAGAUCAAAGAAUCUUACAUUGCCUAUAAAAAGGAUAAGAAUCUUACCGCGUUUUCGUUACAAGAGCUUGAGCAGGCAGGGUAUUUGAAGUAUGAAAAGGACGAUAAAUGA